CCCAAGACAAACAGCUCAGACCUAAGCCAAACAUAAUGCAUCCUCCUCCAACUUUCGGUUACCCAAAAUCAUUUUUCCUAGAUUCCAGCCUACUCGACAACCGUCUCCAUCCUUGCUUCUUCCUCCAAAAUUUUCAAAUCAGUCCAAACCAGACUGAGUGAUUCACCAUCAUCAUCAUCAUCAUCUUCUUCUUCUUCUUCUUCCUUUCGAAUCUCUCGAUCUCUUGCCGAGGCCGCCUGAACCGAAGAGGGAAAAGGUUCUUUUUUCUCUGUUUUUUUCAUGGCUGCGUAUAAAGCUGACGACGAGUACGAUUACCUCUUCAAGCUGGUCCUGAUCGGCGACUCCGGUGUCGGCAAAUCCAACUUGCUCUCCCGGUUCACCAGGAACGAGUUCAAUCUCGAGUCCAAGUCCACCAUCGGGGUCGAGUUCGCCACUAAGAGCUUGAACCUCGACGGCAAGGUCGUCAAGGCUCAGAUUUGGGACACUGCUGGCCAAGAAAGGUACCGUGCCAUCACUAGUGCUUACUAUAGAGGAGCUGUUGGCGCUUUACUUGUGUAUGAUGUCACCAGGCAUGCCACUUUUGAGAAUGUUGGAAGGUGGCUGAGGGAGUUGAGGGACCACACCGACCCCAACAUUGUGGUCAUGCUCAUUGGAAACAAGUCUGAUCUCCGCCACCUCGUGGCUGUCCCACUGGAGGAUGGGAAGUCCUUUGCCGAGAAUGAGUCACUCUAUUUCAUGGAGACUUCCGCAUUGGACGCGACCAAUGUGGAAGCAGCUUUUGCCGAAGUCCUUAGUCAGAUUUAUAGGAUCGUGAGCAAGAAAGCAGUCGAAGCAGGUGACAACCCAAGUGUUUCUUCUGUUCCAGGUCAGGGACAAACGAUCAAUGUCAAAGAAGACGGGUCUGUUUUUAAGAGGAUUGGAUGCUGCUCUAGUUAAGGAGGGGUUCCUUUAGCUCCUUGUUGCUAGGAGGGAGGGUCUGCUAAGUGCUACCUCUGUGUAUAUUUUUUCUUAACACAAAAUGUCCUUGGAUAUAAAUUGGUCUGGGAAUUGUUGAUGCACGAAUUCUGUAAGUUGGUCUAAAACUAGUCAGGCCAGUUGGAUUUGAUAACUAGGUGGAAGUGAAAUGAUUGUAUCCUGAUGGUGACAUCAUAUUAACUAUUACAUUCCUGUUUAUUGCUCCGAUGAGCCGAAAUUGAAAGCAAUUUCGUUUGGACAA